AUGGAUGAUCACAUUUAAUAAGCAUGGCAAUUCUACAGAAAAUUGGGAUCACCUAAAUUUAUAUGUAUCUCCAUUAACUUAUCAUAGGUGCCCCUAUGGUUGAUUAAAGUGAACUUGCAUUUAGAAUGUUAACUAGAAAAUAUGGAGCCACAUUAGCAUACACUCCUAUGUUACAUAGUAGAAUUAUGACUGAAUCCAAAUCAUACAAAGAUGAAUUCUUUACUACUUGUCCAGAAGACAGACCUUUAUUUGCCUAAUUAUGUGGACAUGAUCCUUAAAUCUUAAUUAAAGCAGCAUUAAUUAUCUAAGAUCAAUGUGAUGCUAUCGAUAUCAAUCUUGGUUGUCCUUAAGGAAUAGCAAGGAAAGGUCUUUAUGGAGCUUAUCUUUUAGAAAAGAGAGAAUAAGUUCUGUAAAUUUACUCAUUUAAAUUAUAGAACCAUUGUGAAAGAAUUAAAAUAAAAUAUAAAUGUACCAGUUACUUGCAAAAUCAGAGUAUUCAAAGAUCGUAAAAAAACUCUUGAUCUAACCAAAGACAUAUAAUAAGCAGGAUGUUCUAUUCUGACUGUUCAUGGUAGAACAAAAGAACAAAAUAAAGAUUUUGUUGGUCAAUGUGAUUGGACUAUUAUAGCAGAAAUAAAAUAACAAUUACAAAUUCCUGUGUUUGCUAAUGGAGGUAUCUACACUUGGUCUGAUGUUGAAAGAUGUCUCCAAGAGACUAAAGUUGAUGCAGUCAUGUCAUCUGAAGCUCUUUUAGAAAAUCCUGCUCUUUUUUCUGGUGAAAUAAAAGAUUUAAAUGAUUUGGCUGAGGAAUAUAUGCAAUUUGCCAAAUAAUACAAUGCCAGAUUAUCUGAAAUCAAAGGACAUCUAUUUAAACUUCUUUAUACAGGAUUACAAAUAUUUACUGGUAAUCUAUUUUCAUAAUUAUUUAUAGAUUUAAGAUCUAAACUUGGAUCUGCCAAAACUUAUGAUGAACAUUUAGAAGUUGUUAUAGAAUUAAAAAAUAAAAGAGCUAAUGUUCCUAAAGAAGAUAAAUUAGGUUGGUAUAAAAGAUAUUAAAAUUUUAAAUAACCUUAAAAUAAUAAAGAUAAGAAUAUUCAAAAAUUAGAAAAUAUUAUUUAAUAAUAAGAUUUAUUGUUAUAAAAUAAUGAUCCAAAAUAAAGUGAAUGA